AUAAGCCGUAAUCUAAGUCUCGCAUAUCAUAAUAAUAAUAAUAAUCACAGUAGUAUUAAUAUUAUCGAUGAACGUUGAAAUAUAUCGGCGAAAAUCGUCGCGGUUAUUGGAAGGAAAUAAAAAAAAUAAUUAAUAUCUUUUCGCCGCGACUGCAGUUGAAUUCAUACCGUUCGCUGGUAACGUAAAAUCAAAAGCAAUUCAAUUCCAGCCAGGAAAAAAAGGAAAAAGAUCCAAAUAAAUGGAGUAAUUUGAGAAAUCUGCGAAGGAAAGAAAAAAAUCUUUUAUUAACUUGGCCGGAUACAUGCAAUCGAUAAAAAAAAGGGUCGUUUUGAUUGUUGUAAGGAUAAGUAAAUAAAUAAAUAAAUAUGCGGUUCAGUUGGAGCUGUAGAUGAUUAUCUGGAUAAAAUAAUAUAGAAUCGAAUUAAAUUAUAAUAUAGAUGAAAUAAAUUUAACAUCAGAAGUGCAACGGAUACGAAAAAAAUUAAAACCAAAAAAAAAAUCAAGGUCGUUCAAAACGUUGGCUGUUAUUGUAAUAAUAAUUGAAAUCUGCAGUGACGUAAAAGUAAUAAGUGUCUUCUAUUGCUGCUGUUCACCGCCGAAGAUUCUCGAGGUCGCACAUAAACAUAGGUGGAGAUCAUGACGCCGUUUAUUCUCUUCUUUUUCCUGUUGACCUCCGCUUCGACGGCUCGGUCAGAAGAAUCGAUUGAUAAUCAACUGAAAGCACUUUCCGAGGAAGACGUUGGCGACGUGUCCCCGAUGAAAUUGUCGUCAGCAGCGGAUUCGUCCAGUUCCUCAGACGACUGGGGGUCUUCGGAAUCUAAUCAACAAUUGACGACAAAUGCGGCGAUCCCUUCCUCGUCGGAUGAGGAAGAUGAGGAUCGACCCACCGAGACCAAAUCAUCCAGAGGGAAAAAGUCUUUUUCCUUUUCAAGUUCACAGAAAAAGGGAAGGAAGCACAAAGCACUUUUCAUCGACUACCCGUUCGUGCCUCAGAUAUCGGCGAUCCCAAAUUUUAAUAAUCUCCAGUACGACGAUCAGUUGCAAGUCGAAGGUACCGAAGAAAGAUCUCCGAUAGGUGGAAUAAAUGGUGGACGAAAACGUUACCAGGAGAGCAAUAUUUAUUACAUAAGAUUACCACCCACACCUUACAUGUUCGUACCGGGUUUGGGUUACGUUUCACAACCCCCAUCUUACUCGACCGCUCCCCUAAGGCCGCAAAUAUCUCAUCACAUUCGACCUCAAGUGCAACAAAAUCUUUACAGACCGUCAUCGCCUCAUAAUCUGUACAAUUCACAAUUCAACGAUAUAAAUCCAUUCAUAAAUCUUCCUAUAGAUUUUGUAAGCAACGGUAAACCGACCGGUGUUUAUCAAUGGCAAUCGAGUUAUCAAAAUUCAAAAAGGCCCGAUAGUCAAAUUACUAAGUUGGAUAAAGCCCCUUAUUAUUUCAACGGGAGACCUCACAGCGUAUAUUUACUUAGGCCAGAUGCAAGUCAAUCGGUUCAUCAAGGAAUUCAGUACCCUGAUUAUCAGGAUAAUUCGUAUUAUUGAAAAAAUAAAAGGAAAGAUAACACGAGUAAUAUAUUUUCGUACCACGUCUGAUCGCUUGCUUUAAAUAUGAAAGGAUUAAUAAUUGUUUUGCAAACUUUUUUUGUUUUAAUUAUGAUCAUUACUCAAUAAUUAUUAAUUAAGUUAGAAAUUGAAAUGAAAUGACGUAAACUAAGUUUCACUAUGAAAUUCGUAUACAAUAUCGUGACCAUGUGGUACCGUACGAUUUAUUAUAAGAUGUAAAGUGAACUGGGAAGAAAGUUGGAAGAAAAAACACUCAUAUGUGCUCAAAAUGUUGUGUCUUAAAAUUAAUGUUAAAUUAAUCGAAAAUUUUUGUUUUAUCUAGUAUUGUUUAUUGUAAUAAUAAUAAUCAUGACAUUGAUAGGAACGAUAUUUUUAUUUAUAUACUACAUAUUAAGUAUAUACAUAUUACAUAGAAUCGUGCAGUAUUUUACAUAUUAUUUAUAUUCACACUUAUUAUAUUUAUGUACGAAUGAAACCUAUUUAUUCAAAAAUUAUUAGGUAUUGUAUAUGUAGUUGUUACGAUAAUUUUAGGAUGAAAAAAAUGUAAUAAGACAAAAUAAUAAGAAUA